UGAGCAGUCAGACAGGUGAGCAGUCACACAGGUGAGCAGUCACACAGGUGAGCAGUCAGACAGGUGAGCAGAAGGAAUCUCAAGUGUUCGUCGGCGCUCAACACAAAAUGACUCCUCCUCCACUUCCUGUUCCAAAGCCUCGAGUUCGUUACAUGAGAGACAAUCUAAGCUCCGCCUCCUCUUUGGACAGAGAUGUGAUCAGUGAAACUCUUCAACCAGCUGCGUCUAAUGGGAAUGAAAUGAACACAGGCGAAGGGGCUCCUCCUCUUCCUCCUGUCUUCCCGACUUUGGAUGGCGUGACUGAUGUCAUCGCCGCCAGCAUCCCGUCAUUGGCUGGAUUUGCUAGCUCCAUUAGAGGCCACGCCCCCACCCCGCCGGCUCCCUCGGCCCCCCCCUCCGGAGACGGCAUGGCUAACAGCAUACCUAGCUUAGCAGGACCUGCUAGCGCGGUGGCUAAGCUAAGCGCGCCUGAACCUGCACUUAGCAUAGAUAGCAUCAUUAGCUCGUUGGCUAACAUACCCAGUUUAGCGGGAAUUGUUAGCAUCGUGGCUAAUCCUGUCCUGGAUAAACCACACCCCGCCUCAUUGCCGAGGGGCGGAGCCACACACACAGAUGUUGGCGCGUUGUCUCAGCUGGUGAUGUCAUCUUUAGAGCUGAAGGCAGCCUUCCCCUUGCCUCCACUAGAGGGCGCUGCUGAGCCGCCGGAGGAGGGCUGUAAACGGUCUCCUCCCACCAUGCAAGAGGAAAGGCCGUACGUCACCGUGUUGGCGUGUUGGGCGAGCCAGGACGACACGGACUCGUCCAAUGAGGAGGACGAUACAGGAGUUAACCCCGCCCCCCCGGGAGCCGCCGGACCAAUGACAGGAGAGACAACGUAACGGCAGCUCGCAGCACGUCUCCCGGGCCGCGUGUUCUGGUACCAGCUGUGUUGUCUCCGCAGCGUCCCGGCCAAUCCCGCGGCUCGCCUGGUCCCCAAGAGGCCGGCCCCGCCCCCUCCUCCUGCUCCUGGCCAAUCAGGAAAGCCUCUGAAAAAGAAGAUUCCCAGAGCGGCCACCAUCCGAGUGUCCAGGAAGAGGGGGGCCCCCGGGGCCACGGCGCCCAGGGGGCCCCCCGGCGCCGUGGCCCGAGCCGGCUGGCUGGACGUCUGGAAGGGCUUCAGACAUCAUGUUCUCUGGGCGACGCUGGACGGACAGCUGAUGGCUCUGUGGAAGAAACGGACAGACCGGUUCAGCGAGGUCCUCUUCCACGUGUCCAGCGUCACCGACGUGAAGCGACAGGAGAAAGGACGCUUCUCUGUUUACUUCCGGAAGAAGCAUUACGACUUCAUGGCUCACAGCGAGGAGGUUCAAAGGGGUUGGGUCAUGUCUCUGCUAGCCGCUCGAGGCCAGCCGAGCCCCUCCCCCCCAGAACUCCACGGACCAAUCACCAUCAGGGACCCGCGCAGCCGGGCCUAUGCCGCCGUCUGGGGUCACGACCUCUGGCUCUACCCCAACAAGGAGAGCUCCCAGCUGGGCAUCGCCUCCCUCUCAGUCCCCCUGAACGUGUCCUCAGUGAAGUCCACGGGGAGGCACUCCUUCAGCCUGACCACGCCCCACAGGGCCUUCAGCCUGUCCGUUGAUUCGUCCAAGGAGCUGUCCGUCUGGCUGGACGGCCUGUCCUCCUGCAUCCGCAGCGCCCUGUCGAGCAGCCAGGUGGCGCUGCGGCUCUGGCAGAACCCCGACAACAAGGCGUGCGGCGACUGCGGCGCGGCCGAUCCCGAGUGGGCGUCGGUCAACCUGCUGCUGGUCAUCUGUCACACCUGCGCAGGUCAGCAUCGAGCUCUGGGCAGCAACCUGUCCAAGGUACGCAGUCUGAAGAUGGACAGCAAGGUGUGGACUGAACCACUCAUACAGCUGUUGCUUUGCCACGGUAACCGGCUGGCCAAUCAGGUGUGGGCUCCUGCGGUGCCAGCAGCCGAGCAGCUGACCCCGAGCUCGUCGGAUGAAGAGAGGUCAAAGUUCAUCACGGACAAAUACAGAAGGGGCCGCUACCGCCGCGUCCACGCCCUAAGCUCCUCCCCCUCUCUGAUGGAGCAGAGGCUGUGUCAAGUGGUUUGUGGAGACGACAUCGAGGAAACGAUGUCUCUGAUCUGUUCAGGAGCAAAGGUGUGUCAGUCAGACCCUCAGAGCCCCUCCCCCAUCCUGCUGGCUGAGAGGGCCGGACAGGCUCAGCAGACGGAGCUGCUGCGCCUCAAUGAGUACACAGACGUCCCCCCUCACCUGGGCCCCAGAGGAGGCUCCGCCCCCUCAGUACACCUGUACUACUGCCCUGUGUACUCUGUGUACUUCCUGUGUACUCUGGCCUCCUGUCUUCCUGUGUACUCUGGGUACUCUGUGUACUUCCUGUGUACUCUGUGUACCUCGUGUACUUCCUGUGUACUCUGUGUACUCUGGGUACUCUGUGUACCUCGUGUACUUCCUGUGUACUCUGUGUACUUCCUGUGUACUCUGGGUACUCUGUGUACCUCGUGUACUUCCUGUGUACUCUGUGUACUUCCUGUGUACUCUGGGUACUCUGUGUACCUCGUGUACUUCCUGUGUACUCUGGGUACUCUGUGUACCUCGUGUACUUCCUGUGUACUCUGGGUCUCCAGAGUGUCUCCUGGCUUCGAGGUGGUGACUCUGAGCGACCAGCUGCUCUGUGCUGCCGACAGCGAGGAGGAGCUGAGGACUCACCUGGUCCACAUCCUGAAGGUGAUUCUCCCAGGGGGUGUGUCUUAUGCAGAGAUGGGCGGGGCUUCUGCAUUCAGUAAAGUGCUUGUCGUUGAUGUGGGCGGAGCCUCAAAUCAUUGUGAGAGCUGGUUGUUGCUUCUGGAGGACGAAGUCAGUCUGCACCCUGUCAACCGACUCACCCAACAGCCAAUGAGGAGGCAGCUGCAUACGCUCACUCACCAUGAAAACACCAUCACCAUGGUUACUGCAGACAUGAAUGUGUCCCUGCGCUUCAAGGAGCAGCACAGCUGUCGGUCCUGGUUCAGCCACCUGCAGAGAGCUCUGGCCAAUCAGAGCUCAGCUGGGCGGCGUCUGUACCCGGUGGUGGGCGUGGCCUCGAGGGGCUUGGUGCCACCAGCCAUCGAGCGCUGCAUCUCCCACAUCACAGCGUUUGGUCUGAAGGUGGAGGGCGUGUACCGCCGCUGUGGUCUCGCAUCCAAAGUCACCCGAUUGGUGGAGGCUCUGAUGACAUCACCUGACUCCACCCCUCUGGAGCAUGACGAGCAGGGUGUUUUAGAUGCUGGCUCCGCCCUCAAACAAUAUGUCCGCCAGCAGGAGCGUCUGCUCCCUGACGGAGAGCGGCAGCAAUGGAUACACGCUGCAAUGUUUACAGAUGAACUCGCCAGAUUCUCUGAAUACAGACGUUUGUUACGGAAACUUCCUGAAGACAAGAGAGCGACUCUGAACGCACUGUUUGGACACUUCUACAUGGUCCAGGUGUUCUCGCAGGUCAACAGGAUGUCGGCCCAGAACCUGGCUCUGGUUCUGGUCCCCACUCUGUUCCAGACUCUGAACCAGGAGCUGCUGCUGCUCACCAGAGAGUUCAUCAUCCACCACACACUGCUGUUCCUGACACCUGAAAGGGAGGAAGAGGAGGAGCAGAUCACUGUGUUCUGAAGAAGUUGUUUACUAAUUAACUUCCUGAAAACUUUAAUUCAAUCAGUUUUACUCAACUUUUAAUGUUUAAAUCGUGAAAAUAUAUAAAGUUCAUUUGGUUUACAGAUUA